GCGGAGCCGACGCGCCGUCCAGGGCCCAAGGCUACAGCUAAGGCCCCGUCCCGACCGACCGUUUACUACUCAGCAGCAGUAGCAGAGCGAGGGACCUCCAUCUCGACGCAACCGCCGGACAUGACGGCAGGGCUGGCGGUGCUCGUGGCACUGAGCGUGCUGCUCUUCGUGGGGGCCAUCGUCAUGCUGCUCUUCUUCUGCCGGCGCAUCCAGGUGCAGCGCGAGCGCGAGUCGCUCGUGUUCAUCCAGGAGCCGGCCGACGUGUACCGCGAGGAGCUCAACGACAGCUUCAUGGAGCAGGCGCUGUGGCGCUGCGGCGUCUGCAAGUUCCUCAACCACCCGGAGCGCAAGCUCUGCGACUUGUGCCAAACCUUGAAGGGUGCAGAGCGGGACGUGGCCGGCAACAAGAAGCACACGAGCUCGGGCUCAAGAGGCGGCAGCUUCUCGCGCGGCAGCCUCAGUUCGCAGAGGAUGGGGCGCAUCGGCGAGACGGAGGCCUUCUCGUCGUCCCAAGCGGAUGACGCUAUCGGCGGCUCCUUUGGCCGCCCGAGCUUUGAGUUUUCAAGGAAGCAGAAGCCGCAGAAUAAACUGAGCAAGUUGCAAUUGGCUGCGAGUCGGAGACAGCAGUGGAAACGCAUGCCCACGACGGAUGGACUGCAUCGGUGGGUGCGACAGGAAGACAAGUCGGCGCGCGGUUAUAAUGCGAGGAAUACUCAACGGGACUCGAUCGAGAGCGACCCGGGCGGGAGGAUGUCGUUGAACCGGUAUCUGGACGCGACAGAGAGAGACAGCAACUUGUCGGUCGGGUACAUUCGCGUUAGGGACUCGCUGGGACGAUUGGUGCUGAACGAGAGCGACGUGGUGGCCACGGAUUUCCACUACCGGAUUAACAUUCUGGACGGAACAGGUAGUUCCGAGCUCAUUAUGAACCUCGAGGGGGUGCACAACUUGCCGUUCCCGGACAAGAUCCGCUGGUUCUCGACGGAGAUUCAUCGGUUGUGGCUGCCCUGGGAGUCAGGACACGCAGAGCUGGUGGUAAGGAGAGAUCAUUUACUGCAGGAUUCGUUCGAAUUGGUGGCGGCCAUGAAGCCCUACCAGUUGAGGCAGAGGUGGCGUGUUGUGUUUGAUGGAGAACCGGCGCUGGAUGCAGGCGGUGUCAUGCGGGAGUGGUUCACGCUCCUGUUUGCUGAGCUUUUCGACCCUGCGUUCGGACUAUUCGUAAGCACGGUGGGAGACGAACGGAGCUACUGGAUUAACGCCAGCUCGGACCUGUUGAUCGGAGAGGAGGACCACUUGGCCUACUUCGAGUUUGCUGGACGACUGGUCGGUAAGGCCAUCCUGGAGGAGCACUUGAUGCCGGUGCACCUUGCCUUGCCAUUCCUCAAGCAUGUCCUCGGCGUUCCUAUCUCGUUCUCGGACCUUCAAUUCCUGGACGACGAGAUCUACAACAGCGCGCUGAUGGUGAAGAAGAUUGACGACAUUGAACCGCUGUGUCUGGACUUUACCGCCACCCGCAUUGUCGAUGGUAAGCCAGAGAUCGUGGAGCUUGUGGAGGGAGGCGCCAACAUCGACGUGACGCGGGAGAACCGCGCCCGAUAUCUGGACGCACUGUUCAAGUACCAUGUGCUUGGUAGCGUGAGCGAGCAGCUGCUGUCGUUCCUGACUGCGCUGUAUGAUGUCGUGCCCGAGGGUUUGCUCAAGCUGUUCGAUUACCAGGAGCUGGAGCUGCUCAUGUGUGGAGUCCCAUCUAUCGACGUGGAGGACUGGAAGAAGCACACGGACUUCAAGUUCUUCACGCACAACUUCCCCACGGAGCUUGAGCUCAAUAAUAUCGAGUGGUUCUGGGAGGUGGUGGAAGACAUGAAGAACGAGGACCGCGUUCGUUUGCUGCAGUUCGCCACAGGUACGAGCCGCGUGCCGGCGCAGGGUUUCAAGGGACUGAUCAGCAGCGACGGACGUGUGCGCCGCUUUAACGUCGCGUUCGCUGGAGCAAACCAGUCGUUCCUAUUCCCCAAGGCGCACACGUGCUUCAACCGCCUGGACCUGCCGAUAUACAAUUCCAAGGAGGUUCUGUCGGAGUACGUCAAGCUGAUCGUGCAGAUGGACAUCACAGGUUUCACCAUCGACAGGAUGAGGGAGGACAAGCAAGAGCAAGAGUGCCAUCGUGACGAGAACGGGUUUGCCGACUUCAAAUACCCAAAGGGAUGGUGCCAACCAACCAAGCCUCCUGCAUGGGUACCGCCUGUAGCCAAGCAAGCGAAGCGUCCUCAAUCCUCCGACGGAGGCCCCAGCAAGCGUGCGAAGCUGUCUCCUCCUCCGGAACAAGAGUUCUCACUCGCCACCGUGGUCGCAAACGUCAAGAAGGCUGCAAUCGAGCACUCUCAUCUGCCGGCGGAGGUGGCUUCGAGGCUCUUCGAAGAGGACGCGACGAUUUCGUAUCUAACCACGGACCACAAGAGCUGGGUCUACCAUGUUCCUCAAUGGUACAAACACGUAUUCGAGCACGUUACACCUGAAGAACUAUGGGAAGCAAUGGCAGACGAUGACGACACUGAGUCACAAGUGACGUGGGCGACGCUGUUCGAGCAGGCUUGGGAGGCGCAUCCGAAGCAACACGAUACGAUUAUGAUGUUCGGCAAGCCGGCAAAGCUCCCACGGUUCCAGCAGUUAUGUGGGGAAAUGGGGAGCUAUCGCUACUCGGGGAAGACAUUCGAGGCGCAGAAGAAGUAUCCACGGGGCUUGGAGCACGCUGUGCUUCACAUGCAGCGGAUGGUGGAGGACCCAGCUACUCAUCGGACGCGACUCACAGGAGGCCUUGUGAACUGGUACGAGAAUGGAGACCACUACAUCGGACCGCAUGCAGACGAUGAGAGGGACAUGAUGGCGUGCUCACCGAUUGUGGCCUUGUCACUGGGAGCUACUCGUCACUUUGUGUUCACCAAGAAAACCUCGAAGAGUGCGCCCCAGGGCGACGAAGCUGUGGCACGACUGGAGCUGCAAAUUGGGGACGGAGACCUGAUGAUCAUGGGCGGCACCACGCAGAGAACGCACAAGCAUGCCGUGCCGAAGAUGGCGCGAUGUCGUGAACCUCGGAUCAGCAUCACUUUGCGCUGCUUUCACUAA